UAGUGGAGGAGAGAGUACGGCAUUGGCCUUCACGGGCAUUGGAGAACGUAACGCUAACUCGGAUCUGGCACCUCGUAGCGUCGUUGUGAACCCUUGAUUUCCCUCGGUAACACCACUCUUCCUCUUUAAACCCUCUCCUCCCUCCCGUCCACCCUCGCACUUCUCCCCUUUGUCGUAGGUCUCCUAGACGCAGUGCGGGCGAGCUGGCGAUCGAGGCAGAGACCAGCGCGAGGAAGCGGAAGGCCGCCGACGGCGACGGAGAAGACGGCGGAGCGGCGGCGGUGAUGGAGAAGCCUCUCUCCGAGCAGGAACCCGCGGUGGGAGAGUCCUCCGGUUCUUGCUCCAACCCUAACCCUAUCCCUGGCUCCAUCGCUGCCAUGGAUGAUUUCGACUGGGCCAGCUUCAGGGACGACGACAUCAUGCAGCAGCACUCCGCCAUCCGAGCCGAGGAAGCCGCCAAGGUGCCCUUCGUUGGAGAUAAGGAGCCACUCUCUUCAUUAGCAGCUGAAUUUCAGUCAGGCAACCCCAUCCUUCAAGAGAAAAUCAAGUUGCUUGGUGAACAAUAUGGUGCAUUGAGGCGAACAAGGGGUGAUGGAAACUGUUUCUAUCGAAGCUUUAUGUUCUCUUACCUGGAGCAUAUUUUGGAGUCACAAGACAAAGCUGAGGUUGAUCGUAUUGUUGAGAAUAUUGAACAAUGCAAGAAGACACUUCAGGGUCUUGGAUAUGUUGACUUUACCUUUGAGGACUUCUUUUCAGUAUUUAUUGAGCAGCUGGAAAGUGUUGUGCAAGGAAAUGAAACUUCAAUAAGCCAUGAAGAACUCUUGCAAAGGAGCCGUGAUCAGAUGAUUUCGGAUUAUGUUGUAAUGUUCUUCAGAUUCGUCACUUCUGGUGAGAUACGCAAACGAGCUGAGUUUUUUGAACCAUUCAUCGCAGGCUUAACAAAUUCAACGGUGGAUCAGUUCUGCAAGGCUUCAGUGGAGCCAAUGGGAGAAGAAAGCGACCAUGUGCACAUCACUGCCCUCUCCGAUGCAUUAGGUGUGCCGAUACGUGUGGUGUACCUUGAUAGGAGCUCGUGUGACUCAGGUACUCUGAACAUAAACCAUCAUGAUUUUGUUCCUGGUUCCAAUUCACCUCAGGAAGGCGCUGCCCAGAAUAGUGACGCCAACACAACACCUUUUGUGACCCUGCUAUACCGGCCUGGCCAUUAUGAGAUUCUCUACCCAAAGUGAUGUGCUACCAAAUGUUUGGCUGCGGAAGGACAAAUGGAGAGAGGUCAUGGAUAUUGUGGGGCAGCGCCAUGAAGUUUUAGGUUCUUCUGUUUUGGAUGGGACCUUUGGUCCGAUUCUGAAUGGUUCUUAUUUUGUUUUUCAUGAUCCCAAUCCCCUCACAGGUGAUACAUUUUGUCAACAAAACGCAAUACUUUUUCUGAGAAUAUCCAAAAAAAAAAAAAAAACUAUCAGAUGCAAUUGGAGAUUCUUUGAAGCGUGUUCGGUGAUGAUUGGCAUACAUGGUUGGGCAAAAAUGUCGUCCCUUUCCCACUGGUUGUAACCGUAGAACGGCCAUUCGUUGUCUAGGUGGGUACGCUGCGAUGGCCUUUUGCUCU